AUGGCUCAUCAUAGUUUAGGGGAUCCCGCAUGGGCUCAUGCCCGUGCAGGUGCUUCCUCUGCUUCUGUGGCCUCUGCCCCUGCAAGAUCAGAUGAUCCCGCUUGGGCUCAUGCUCGUGCAGUGCCUAAUGCAAAAAAUAACACUAUAUGUUUACAUUGUAAUAAGUUGAUUAAAGGGGGUGGUAUUACUAGACUUAAGUAUCAUCUUGCUGGGAUUAGGAGUCAAGUUGAACCAUGUAAAAAGGCUUCAUCUGAUAUUAGGUUUCAAAUGAAACAAAUGAUUGAAGACUUGAAAAAAUCUAAACAAACUAAAAAGAGGAUUCAAUUAGAAAUUGGGAACCCAUAUGAUAUUGAUGAGGAGGAGGAGGAGGAGGAGGAGGAUGAUGAGGUUAGGGUUGUUGAAAAGAGUCCCCCUCAAACAUUAGGUAAACGAAAAUCUAGGAGAAAGGAUGUUGACAAUGAUGUGAGUCAAAUAAGAGGAAAGAAGAAAAUUAAGAGUUAUUUUGCUCCUAGAACAACCCCCGGUGCUCAACCCUCUAUAAGAAGUGUUUUGGCUACAAAAGCAAUGAUUGAUAAUGCAAAAAUGAAUGUGGCAAGAUGGUGGUAUCAUUCUAAUGUACCCUUUUAUGCAUCUCAGUCACCUUAUUAUCAACCUAUGAUUGAUUCCAUUGCUGCUAUUGGGCCGGGAUUUAAGGGGCCUUCUUUUUAUGAGUUGAGGGGACCCCUUUUGAAAAAUGCUGUCCAUGAAGUUAAUGAUUUUUUGUUAGAUAUAAAAAAUGAUUGGAAAGUAUAUGGCUAUUCACUGAUGUUUGAUGGGUGGACAAAUAAAAAGCAACAACCAAUAAUGAAUUUUUUGGUGUGUUGUCCAAGGGGAGCCAUGUUCUUAAAAUCUAUUGACACUUCAGGCCUUACAAAGGAUGCUGAAACUUUGUUUAAUAUAUUUGAUUCUGUUGUUCAAGAAAUUGGUGUGGAAUAUAUUGUGCAAUUGAUUACAGAUAAUGCUUCUGCCUAUAAAAAAGCUGGAAAAAAUUUACAGCAGAAGUAUGGUACUUUGUUUUGGUCUCCUUGUGCAGCUCAUUGCAUAGACUUGAUGUUGGAGAAUAUUGCUAAUCCUAGGUGGUUCCCUCUUAUUGAUGAAGCAAUUAAAAAGGCAAAAAAGAUAACAAAGUUCAUUUACAACCAUGGAGUUGUUUUAGACUUGAUGAGGCAAGACUUUACAAAUGGAAGAGAGUUAUGUCAUCCUGCAAUUACAAGGUUUGCCACUAAUUUCUUAAGUCUACAAAGCUUGCUAAGGUUCAAAAAAGAGCUUAGACAAAUGUUCACUUGUGAUAAAUGGCUUUCAUGCCCCCAUGCUAAGACUGCUGUUGGGAAGGAGAUAAGUAAAAUUGUUUUGGAAGAUUAUGCGUUUUGGUCUCAAUGCAAGCACAUAGUGAAAGUUAGUGAGCCUUUAGUUAGAGUACUUCAUCUUGUUGAUGGGGAUGAGAAACCUGCUAUGGGGUACUUGUAUGAAGCAAUGGACAAAGCAAAAGAGGAAAUAAAAAGAAGGUUGAAGAACAAAGUUUCUUUGUAUGGACAUUAUGUUAGAGUUAUUGAUACUAGAUGGGACAAACAACUUCAUAGUCCUCUGCAUGCAGCAGUUUCAUGGUGGGAGCAAUUUGGACUUGGAGCUCCAGACUUACAAUCAUUUGCCAUUCGUGUGCUAAGUCAAUGUUGUAGUGCAACUGGUUGUGAGAGAAAUUGGAGCACAUUUGAAUAUGUUCACUCAAAGAAGAGAAAUAGAUUGGAACAUAAACAAGUAAAUGAUUUGGUCUUUGUCCAUUAUAAUUUGAGGCUUCGAGAAAGGAACAUUCAAAGGAAUAAGUAUGCAAUGGAUCCUAUAAGCUUGGAUAACAUUGACUUGAUGGGAGAUUGGGUGGCUGAAGAACCUACACUUCUUAAUCCAGAUGACAUAAAUUGGGAUUGCCUUAAUGAACCAGCAACUCUAGUGAAUGUGGAAGAGGAUGCUGAACUUGAAACUAUUGAUGUUGAUGACGAUGAUGAUGAUGACAACAACAAUGAACAUGUCUCGACAAAUCUUCCAAUGGGUGCUAGUAGUUCUUGUGGGAGUUCUUUUGAUGAUGAAUUUGAUCCAUUUUUCAUGGAUGAUGAGGAGGAGUAG